AUGUUGUUUAUGGAAAGCUAUUUGUGCUAUUGCUCAGUUCGCCUAGGCGUUCUGAUUGUGGCCGGCUUGAGCAUUACCCAGUCUUUGGCGCUGAGCAUAUUAUUAUUUGUGCGUGGCAUCCACAUUUUCGACGGACUUAUCGAUUUGCUUGAAAAUGACUCACAGUACAAGAGCACCUUUAUAAUACGGAAGUUCAUCAACGGAAUACACGAUUCACCCGACAAUAUUCUGAUCUGUUUGCAAGUCAUGUGUUAUUCUCACAUUGUGAUAGCCAUUUUAGGCAUUGUGGGCGCAAUAAAGCUGCGAAAAUGGUUGUUAUUGCCGCUGGCAGUCGUUGAAUUCAUUUACUUUUUGAAUAUUACAAUUAGUCACAUUGUGCUGAUGAUCGUGCUCAAGAAGCAAAUCAAUUUGGGUCUGCUCAUCAUACUGACCCUGGUGGGCAGUUUCUAUUGUCUUUUUGCUGGCUAUAACUGUAUCACGUGUGUUGCCAUGUUCCAAAUCAUAACCCUGGUGAAGAGCAACAAGUAUCGUCAGCUGUAUGGCGAGGAUCCCUUUGACCCGAUUCCGCUGAGGCGUUCCCAUGGCAGUAAUAAUGGAGUACAACAGCUGCGAAUGCUGGGCACACCCGAGGAUACGGACAUCGAUGAGCAGAAGAGAUUGGCUAAGCUGGGCCUGUGGCCACCACGCCAGCCCCAGAUUAUUUCAGUUAUACCAAUGCAGACGCCAGCUGUCAACUUGAAGUGGUGGCAGCUGCAGGCCAUGGACAAGGACGAUAAGCUGCAGGACUCGGCUGUCUAUCGCAACUGGCAACGCGAUGAGCUGCUGCGUGGAGUGGGCGGGGAUGCGGAACGUAAAAAUGCCAUUAAUCGCCGUUAUGCGGACUUGCAACUUUAUCAAUGGCAUUAGUUUGUUAGUUAAGGUUUAGAUGACAAUCAAACUAUGCUUGUAAGGAAAAUCAAUGCU